UACAAGAUUCAGAUGCUCGAUAGGGUUACGAUCAUUUGUAUUAGUUUGGUUUGAUUUGGUUUGACCUGGGUCCCUGCCAGCCAGUGAGUGGGUGUCUGAACAAAGAAAAGGUCGGGACUUUGUUCAGGUCACAUUGUUGACUUCAGAAUGAACCUGAAAAUGAAAGUCAAAGUGUUGCCUAUAAAAACAUCUUCUCCUCCUUGUUCCAGGGUCACUCUGUCCAGAGCCACAUAAGCAAAGCAAUGGGAGGAGGUAAGACCUGUUAAAUUUUCAGCUUCUUUUUAUAGGUUCCUAAUAUCCUUAAUAAACAAAUGAACUAUAACAUAAAUCAUUCUCCAACAUUCUCAGUUAAGUCCUAUUUCACUAAAGCUCCUCCAGUGUCACGUCCUCCACCACUCUUAGAGCAGCCAUGGAGGGAGGUGUCAGAGAAGUUCAAGGGCAACCUUAAGUUUGUGAAAUCCUACCAGCCUGAAAAAAAACAGGUCAAACAGCUCAGGAUUCUCCUUCAUGGACCAGUUGGUGCUGGAAAGUCGAGCUUCAUCAACUCUGCCGAAGCCGUUUUAAGAGGCAGACCUGCUGGUCGAGCUGAGACAGAUUCAAUUUUUGGGAGCAGCCACACCAAACAGUACCGGACCUUCAAACUUCAAGAGGCCACUUACUCUUUUGUUUUCACUGACAUCAUGGGCUUAGAGGAAGGACCUGACAGUGGAGUCUCUGUGAAAGACGUCAAACUGGCCCUGAGAGGACACGUGAAAGAAGGUUACACGUUCAACCCUAAAAAAGAACUGAAGGAGGGUGAUGAUGGCUACAACUCCGAUCCCACUUUGGAAGACAAAGUUCACGUUCUGGUGUGUGUUGUUCCUGCGGACACAGUGUCUAGGAUAAGUGAUCAGAUGUUGAAGAAGAUGAGAGAGGUCAGACUUGCAGCCAGUGAACUGGGAAUUCCCCAUUUGGCUAUUAUCACCAGAGUUGAUGUAGCCUGUCCCGAGGUUAAAAAGGACACAAGCAAUAUUUAUAAGAGCAAGUACCUGAAGGAACAGGUUGAAGGAUUCCACCAGCAGCUGGGGCUUUCAAUGAACUGCAUCUUCCUUGUGCAGAACUACAGUCAUGAAAUUUAGUCAAAUGACAAAAUUAACCCUGCGAUUGUGUGUGCACUGAAACAGAUGCUUUUGUAUGGAGAAGACUUCCUUCCAACGACCAGUAAAGAUGAGGAAGAAACACAGUAGGCGAUUUGUAGGGGAAUGAGGACAUGUUCAGCCAUUGUUUUACUGUCUUUGCAAGCAGGCAAGCUUGAAGCGUGAAAUAUGGAAUAAAAAUGCAUAAAAAUUAGGUCCUGAAGUCUGUAUAUAAUUUCUCUCAUUGAGACUUCGCACACAUAGCAGGACAAUGCUCUGUGAUUACGUUGUGAGCUUGGUGUGACGUCAUCAAGUCAUCUGGUCAACAACUCAGCUGUUGUGAUGGUGCCUUCAUGUGCCGCCGGAAAGGGGUCAUUCAGAAGCUCUCGUUUUUAUCUUUGACUCCCAGUAUUUAAUACAUCACCUGAGACAAACGGAAAUAUUUAAUAUUAUGUAUAAUAUAAUCAUCUCAAUCCUGCAAUUUACCUCGCUGGGGACUCUUUGUAUUCUUUUUCAGUUUGACCAAUAUUAUGAAGUACUGUUAUUUGAUGUUCUUGCAAUAUAAGUUGAUUAAUUAUUUUGUUAUUGUCGGCUUUGUAUCAUGUAUCUUGAGUUCCUAGUGGUGGAAAUAAAUGAAGUACAAAUAUAAAAAUUAUACUCUACUUUCUUUUCUGGUGCUAGUUUUGUUUUAGGAGGAUUAUUUGCAAGGAAACAAGGUGAAAUCAAAUGUUUCGGUGCAAUUUCACAGAGUUUUAUUUUUGUCAAGGCUAACUGGUUUUAAAUGGGACAUAAUGACGUGGAAAAUAAAAGGUCAAGCA